GCCAUUCAAAAUAAAGUGUCUUUUUUCUCUUGUCGAAGCAAAAAAACUGGGACUGGGACUGGGACUGGGAAAAGAAACCAACAAGAAGAACAGAGGAUGGGCUGCAUCUCGUCCAAAUUUCUCGCCGCCUCCGACCUCGAUCGCAAGAUCUCCGCCCACCACGUCGUCUCCCUCACUUCCACCACUUACGGAGCUCUCAAUCUCGAUCACAAACAAGAAGAAGAAAAGGCACCACCCCCAAAAGAGGAAGUAGAGAAACAAAUCUGCACCACGAAGGUAACCAAAAUCUCCCCCUCUCCUCUUCCUUCUGCCCUCCUCUUCACUCCUCAGUCAAAGAAAAGGGUCGCAGCCGAAGAGCCCUCGGAGAUCAUCGACACUUGGGAACUGAUGAAGGAUCUCAGCGACGAGAUCCCGAUUUGGUCUCCAGCCAUGAGGCCAGCAAAAUCUCAAGCCACCGACUCGCCGAAGAAACAAAGGAGGAGGCUUUUAAGUAAAGAGAACAACUCCCCGAGAGAUUUUUCUCCGAGACAGACCCCCAAUCCUAAUAGGGUUCUGAGACCUUUCAGUUCUUCAGCGAAUAGGCAACCCAGCAAGCUUGUCAUCGAUGUCAAGAGCCCAAAAGUACUGGAGAAAGACUGGGGAAACGCUGGGUCUAGAAGAAGCUUAAGCCCACUGUUCGAUCCUGAGCUCGUCGCUUCAUUUGAAAAAGAGUUGAAGAAAGAAGGUGAACAGAUUAAGAAGACGGUUCCUAAAAAGCCCAAUUCAUCGUCGCUCUUGUUGGAGAAGUUCGAAGAGAAAUGCCCGCCGAGCGGAGGGAAUGCUUUGAUUCUCUAUAGCACCACAUUGAGAGGAAUUAGAAAGACAUUUGAGGAUUGCAAUGUGGUGAGGAAUUUAAUAGAAGGUUACGAUGUGAGGAUUAUCGAGAGGGAUAUAUCGAUGGAUUCGGGGUUUAGAGAGGAGUUGAGGGUUUUGAUGGGGAAGGAGGAGGCGAGACCUCCGUUGUUGUUUGUGAAAGGGAGAUUGAUUGGCGGAGCUGAGGAGGUUCUGAAGCUAGAAGAAGAAGGGAACUUGGGGACUUUGUUGGAGGGGAUUGAUAAGAAGGAGGUUUCGGGUUGCGGGUUCUGUGGAGGGAUGAGGUUCGUUAUGUGCAGAGAAUGUAACGGGAGUUGCAAGGUUUUGGAUGAGGAGGAGAAGAAGAUGGUCAAGUGUGAAGAGUGCAAUGAGAACGGAUUGAUCCAUUGCCCACUUUGUUGCUGAUUCAUUUGUGUAAGGUUAGUGGGUUGAUUUAUCAUCUACCCAUCAGGGGGGGAUUUGGUCCUACUUUGUUACAUGUAAUGUAUCAUUCUUGUUGUUUCUUUUGAUUGUAGUUUUCUACUGUUGUUUGAAGUCCAAGAAGCGCAAUGAAAUGGGUGGAUUACUUGUAUUCAUUCUGUUUUUAGUUUGGUUCUUUACUUGAGAUGAAGGGGACAGAUUUGAGAACAA